AUGGCUGAGAGGACGGCGGCGGUGCGUGGCCGCUCGCGGUCGGGUUCGCUGGUCGGCGGCGGGCAGAAAAUCCCCAUUGCGCUGCGAGUCAAGACGCUCACCGAGCCGCGGCUGCUGAUCAACAUCCGAGCCAUCCAAAAGACGCUGCAGGCUGAGGAUGAGGACAAGGCGCGGCGACUGCAGCGGGAACAGACCGAGCUGCGGAAUUUGAAGGAGGAGCUGACCAACUCGAUCAAGCAAAACUACAUUCUGGAACGCGACAACAAAGAGAUCGACUCGCGCAUCGGGCUUCUUAUCCAGAACCGGGUCACUGUGCAAGAGGUCAUUGCCCAGACGCAGCGGAUGGCGUCGUCGGCGUCCGAGGUCUCGGACGCUGCGCUGCCGCAGGCCAAGCGCGAGCUGUACUCGUCGCUGUUCUACUUGCUCCAGCGCGAGCCCAACUAUCUCGGCAUCUUGCCCAAAGUGGUCAAGCUCUCGCAGACGCCGGCGUUUAUCCAGGCUGUGGCCUUUACGCUCUUUGGUGAUCAGUACUCGGCCCGCGAGGAACUGCUCCUGCUCUCGGUUUUCCGCCGCGCGCUGCAGGAAGAGUUCAACGAGUCGACGUCGAUGGGCUCGCUGCUCCGCGGCAACUCUGCGGUGACCAAGAUGAUCCGCGAGUACACGCGGCGUGAUCCGGGCCAGGCCUAUCUGGAGAAGACGCUCUCGGGCGUGCUCGAGGCGUUUGUGGCGUCAGACCCCGAGUCGUUUGAGAUUAACCCGGCCAAGGUCGCCAAGAAGCUCAUCAACGAGGAAGAGGUGGCGACCGGGGUCAAGUCUACGCUCGCCGAGGUGCCCGAGGCCGAGCGGAGUAAGGACCCGCGCGUGGUCGCCGUCAUCGAGCCGCGCAUCCAAAUGAUCAUGGCGCAGUGUGAGGUGUUCAUGAAGCAAGUCCUCAGCUCGCUCGAGGACAUGCCGUACGGCAUCCGGUGGCUCGCCAAGCAAAUUGCCAUCAUGACACAGGAGCGGUUCCCCGAGGCGUCACGCAAGGCGCGGGCAACCAUGAUCGGUGGCUUUGUCUACUUGCGGUUCAUCAACCCGGCCAUUGUCACGCCCGAUGCCGACUCGUACAAGCUGGUCAAGAACAAGCUCACCGCCAAAGUCCGGCGCAACCUCGUCCUCGUUGCCAAGGUCCUGCAGAACCUCUCCAACUUUAUCCUGUUUGGCGACAAGGAGGCGUACAUGCUCCCGCUUAACGCCUUUAUCGAGCAGUACACCGAGCCGCUGACCCAGUUCUUUGAGAACUUGACCGACGUGCCCGAGCUCGAGGAGUACCUCAAGCUGGACCACCAGUUUGUCGACGUGGCCUCGAACCAGACGCCAACCAUCACUAUCUCGCUCAACGAGAUCUACCUCAUCCACGCUCUGCUUGCCGACAACAUGGCCGAGGUGGCCGGCGACCUCGACGACCCGAUCCGCGACAUCAUGGCUAAGCUCGGCGAGGCUCCGCCGCAAGUCAAGAACUCGCAGAACGAGGCCGUCGUUCUCUCGCUCGUCCCGCCGCAGGGCCUCUCCUACACCGACACUCUCGACGAGAACGCCGCCGCAAGCAACUUGUACGAUGAGACUAAGCAGGCAGUCCAGGAGCUGCUGACCCGGCUCGACUCGCAUGCCAUUCCGUUCUCCAUCCACCACACGCUCGAGACCCUCAUCGAAGCCGCCCACGAGUCACUCCUCCGCGCGCCUGACGCAAAGCUUGAAGCCCUUGUCACCACCAUCGAGGACAAGCUCUCGGCGCUCGAGGCUGAGGGCGUGCUCUCGCGCAAUGACUCGCACUCGCGCAUGCUGGAAGACAUCUCGCGCGAGACCGAGAACCGCGCCUCCUUUGAGGAGUCGCUCGCCAAGGAUCGCGCUAAGAUCGAGCGCACCCUCGAGCGUGUUCGCUCCCACCACCAAUUCCUGCUCUCGCAGCUCGAGUCGUACAACCAGUAUCUGCAGAACGUCCGCUCGCAGCCGUCCGACGCCGCCGGCAAGUCCAAGUCCAAAAAGAAGAAAAAGAAGGACAAGGCCGGCGCAACCGUCGGCCCGUUCAAGGUCUCCCACGACAAGCUCCUCAAGGACGGCGUCAUUGCCGAGUCGUUUGUGCCCGACGCCCGCCGCAAGAAAACCGUCCUCGUCUUUUCGUCUGAUGAGCCUGGGGUCAUUGUUUGUGCCGCCUAUUUUCAUGGCUUUCCCGUCGAUCGCUACCAGUUUGAGCUCGAGGACCUGCUUGAGCGACAGGAGAACGACGAGCGGGUCAUCCGCCUCGAGUACGUCGUCCUCGACCUCAACAUCUUUCUGCACACCAUCAACAAAAUGUUCGGCUUUUGAGCUCGGGACCGGUGCUCCAGCUCGAGGUAAAUCGCUGCCUUUACACCUCA